GAGAACAGGCAGGAGUCUGGGCUUCAGUCCUAAACCAUCUGAGUCACUGGUUUCUGGGGGUCUUUAAAAGAAGCAGAGGGAAAACAACAGAGCAGGCAACAUCAGGACACCUGACUGAUCUACGUCAGAAACCGCUCAGGCCCCAGGAGAUGUUUUCCCUCCUGUUCCUGUCAGUGGCGGGGCUGGGCUGGGUGGCCCUUGGAAGUCCAGCAGAUGGUGGAGGGGCAGCCCCAGCCCAGGGGAUCCCUCUCUUCAGCGUCAUCCACCAGACAGCCUGGGAGGAGCCCAACAACCUCACCGGCUCAUCCUGUGAGAAGAUGAAGCAGACACCUGUGACCGCCUUGUUUUUGAGUGACAGACGGCUUGAAGCCUGGCCCCAGUGCCUGCCGAGAGCCCUGGAGAUCCUCCACCUGGGCAACAACCACCUGAGGGAAGUGCCCGACCAGGCGCUGAGCGCCCUGCCCAACCUCCACGUCCUCACCCUGAGCCACAACGACAUCCGGGAGGUGCGGUGGGGAGCACCCUCCUCUGAGAGCCUGGAAACCCUGGACCUGAGCUACAACAGGCUGCCGGCAGUCCCGGCCUGCCCAGCGACCCAGCUGCAGAGCCUCAAGUGGCUCUCCCUCGCGGGAAACCCCAUCUGGGAAAUCCAGCCCCUGGCUUUCUCUUGCUUUCCCCAGCUCCGCGUCUUGAACCUGUCUUCCACCCUGCUGGGAAACGGGACAUGGGCGGGAGUGAGUGACAGGGCCUUUGCUCUGAGCGUGUUAACUCCAUCUGGUCAGCCCACCCCAAUGGACACGCUGGACGUGCUGGAUUUGAGCAGAACCUUCCUUGAGGAGAUCCAGCCAGGAUGGAUUGAAGCCCUACCAAACCUCACCUCUCUCUACCUUCGGGAGAUGAUCAGACUGAGCCACCUGGACCAGGACAUAUUCAAGUCAGUGCCUCACCUAAGAGAGCUGGAUUGUCAACGCUCCCAAGCCCUGAGUUCAGUGAGAACGGAAAUAUUUGAAAAUGCAGCUCAUCUGAAGAUCCUCCGGUUUCAAAACUGCAACCUGAGCUCUUUCUCACGCUGGACACUCGCCUCCUCCCCAAACAUUUCCAUUAACCUCUUUGGCAACCCUUUAAUCUGCAGCUGUGAACUUUCAUGGCUCCUUUCGGACAUGGAGAGGAUUGUCUUGCACAGGGCAACAGACACCAUUUGCCACCCAGCUGCAGAAUCCUCAGGAACCUUUUCCUCCCAUCUUUCCCUCUCCCAGCUGCACGCCUCCUGCCAAGAUGAAGGAAACGCCUCCGUCAUGGUUACGAACCCUCCGUUCUUGAGAAAAGUCGCCCCGCUCACCUCCACUAACAAACCAGUGGCCGGGACAGUCACGGCAGGUUCUCCGAGGGACCCCAAGAGGGGCUUCUCGCUCCCCAAGUCCAUGCCAACCUCAGCUCUGCCAACGGCAGGGCAUCAGAACCCCCAAGAGACAACACCCCUCCCCAGCAAGGCAGGAAAGAUCAUUACCUCAACGCCUGCGGGAACAGGUGGAACUAAAGCUCCAGAUUCUCCCACAGUCCCUGGCACGUUUCCUGGAAAAAGCAGCUUGGCUCAGAUGAGCCUUAGGCUAGAGAAUGCCACUGAGGCAAACUCCCUCUACAAAUUUUCCCAAAGCCCCACAACCUCAGCCGCCACUACGGGCUCGGCCCCGAUUCCCAGAAAACCUUCCAGAGGCCCGCCUGUGCCAACCAGCCCAGAAAGCACGACUCAAUCCCAGUUUGGCCCCCAGGCCCCUUCAGAGACCUCCAGGCCAAGUCCUUCAGAUGUAAUAUGGAUCUACAAUGACUCCAGUGAUGAAGAGGAGGAGGAGGAGGAGGAGGAGGAGAAGGAGGAGCUCGUGGGGCAGCCAAAGUUUGUCCCUUGCGAUUAUCACCCUUGUAGACACCUCCAGAGACCCUGUGUAGAACUGCAGCGAACGUCCCAGUGCCAGUGUCCCGGCGUCAGCGGAGAAAACACCAUCCCUGACCCCCCCCGGCUCGCGGAGGUGUCCGAGGUGACGGACACAUCUGCUCUUGUCCACUGGUGCGCCCCCAAUUCCGUCGUGCAGACUUACCAGCUCUCCUACCACCCAGAAGGCAGUGAGGAGAACCACACCAGGGUAAGGGAGAUCUAUGCUACUGCCAGAGAGCAUCCCCUGUACCAACUGUCCCCAGGCACCGCUUACCGCGUAUGUGUGCUGGCAUCCAACAAGGCAGGCCUGAGCCAAACGAGCGCCAGCAAACUGAAGACACCCUGCGCCACCUUCACAACCAAGCCGAACCACCUCUUCAUCUUUGCAGCCUUGUCCGUCACCAGCGGGCUGCUUCUCCUCACCACCUUGCUACUGUCUGCAUUUCUGGUCAAGAAGUGUCGAAGGCCUCAGAUGGAGCAGUACGAUACCCAUCUGGUUUCUUACAAGAACCCAGCAUUCGACUACCCGUUGAAACUGCAGGGCUUGAAUUAGGCAGAAUAGGAAUGUCAGUCACCAAGAGUCUCUUCUGAAGACUCAAUCCGGAAAGUUGACAAGUUUUUGGUGCCAGACCCGAAGCUGACCAGGGCUAAACUUGGGCCACCACAAACUCCCCUUCCUCCUGUCGCUCAGUUUCUCUCCCCACGUAUUUUGGGCCACCAACAAACUCAGCGUGUCUGGCACAUUCUGAGUCAGGAACGGAGCGGUGAGCCAAUUCAUCUUCCAGCCCCCUUGCUUCCAUCUCUCUAAAUAUGGGUGAUUUUCUGUAUUCUAUUUGACAAAAUAUUUAGAGAUUUCAGAGGUAGGCACCACCUCUAUAUCCAAAAGAAGAGGUGUUGAGGGACAAGAACUCCCUAGUCAUAGAUCAGCCUUCUGCUAAAUGUUAUCUAGGUCACUCUGAGGCCAAAAACAUUUUCAAGUCAGAUUGCUCUUAUCUCAGGACACCUCUUAGAUGCACUUACAAGCUAUCAGUGGUAUUUGUUGAGCACUUACUAUGUGCAGAGCACUGUACUAAGCGCUUGGGAGAGUAUAAUACAACAGAAGUAGCAGUCAUUUUCCCUGCCCACCGAACCCAUGAUUGUCCCAGAAAUCUGAACCGGUCUUCUACUCCCCAGUUAGGCUGCUGGGCAUGAAGCUGAUCAUUCCUGCUUCUGCGGACCAAGAUUUCCAAAUUUCUCUGUAUGACCAUUCCCUAGGCUGAAAUGUGCUUAAUUCUCCACAGAAAUCCACAGAAAGGGAACCUUUCAGGCCCAAGAGCAUCAUUCAAAAGAUCAACCAGAAGGUCGCCUUUCACUGUCUUCCCUUAAGGCACUGAGCUUGGGAAAGUUAAUAUCGACUGCUGUUUCAACUAAGAUUUUAGAAAGGUCUGGCUAGUAAUGGAAAGGUGAGCAACAGCUGAUUAGAAUCAUUUCUACAGAAAUGUGGGUAUGGUGCCAUAUUUGAACUGGUGAUUUUAGAGGUUUUCAAACAGUUAAUAUUCUAGGCAAAUAAUACCCUUUCCUCUGUCCUCCUCAUUAAUGAAACAAAAGUUUCUGAUUUGAGUUUGCUAGUCUUCUUCCAGAGACUAGCUUCCUUACUUUUCUGGAAGGAUGGACUUGAGUGAAGACACUGUAUAAAAUGCUUUCAAGAGUUACGCUCUUCAACAGCUUAUUUUAACUGUGAAAGUAAAGUUUGUUUUCUCAA